GUAUUAUUAAUAAACCAGAAAUAAACCAUAAAAUAAAGAAAACUCUGUGGUAUCUAUAAGGAAAAAGUGCAUCUGUGAUUCUCAGCUGAGCUAAGCUAACUAGCAGGAAGGGUGUUUGCAUCUUGAGAAGUCUGCUAAGAAAUCAGGCUUCCUUUAAUUUGAUGGCAGAAAACGUUAUCUCCAUUGUUGCUAAACUUGCUGAAUGUUUGGCUGAAUGUUUAGUUAAACCUGUAAUACGCGAAGGAAAAUACUUUCUCUGUGUUAAUAAAGUCAUCAGAGAUCUCGAAAAUGAGAGGGAGGAUCUGAUUUCUGAACGAGAUAACUUGUUGUGUCGAGUUAAACAAGCCAAAGAAAGAACUGAAAUUAUUGAGAAGCCCGUGGAAAAGUGGCUAGAUGAAGUGAAGAGUCUGUUAGAAGAGGUGGAAGCAUUGAAACAAAGGAUGAGAACAAACACCAGGUGCUUUCAAAGAGAUUUUCCAACAUGGAGAAGAUAUCGUUUGAGCAAGCAAAUGGUAAAGAAGGCACAGGCAAUGGAAAGAUUAAAAGGAAAAAGCAAUAUUCAACCAUUUUCUCACUUAGCUCCUCUUCCAGGCAUUCAAUACCAGUACUCCUCCGAAAAUUUUACAUGCUUCCAAUCUACAAAGGUGGCAUACAAUCAGCUGUUGGAGUUACUACGUGACGAUUGCAUCCAUAUGAUAGGAGUGUAUGGAAUGGGUGGAUGUGGGAAAACAACUCUUGCAACUGAAGUUGGUAAGAAGGCUGAGGAAUCAAAUAUGUUCGAUAAGGUUAUCUUAAUCACAGUGUCUCAAACUCCAAACGUUAGAAAAAUUCAAGGAAAAAUGGCAGCUUUGUUAAACUUGAAACUCAGUGAAGAAGAUGAAGACGAAAGAGCACAACGUUUGUGGUUGAGUCUGAAAGAAAAAAAAACGAAUUCUUGUCAUAGUAGACGAUUUGUGGAAAAAGUUUAAUCUGACGAGUAUAGGGAUUCGCAUAGAUAGUGUUAAUAAGGGAGCAUGGAAAAUCCUUGUAACCACUCGUAAUCGGCAAGUAUGCACUUCAAUGA